UUUUCUUUUUUUUUUUUUUUGUUUCUUUCUUUUUUUUUUUNUUCCCUUCCAUCACCUUAAAACUUAAACUACUAUUCCAACUUUAUCCAAGACUAGACAGCUACUAGUUCUAUAAAGACAGGUCUGAACAUGUCUUAUCCAUCUGGAUUUAACUAUCAAGCACCUAUACCGAAAAAGGCCCCACCCACGUCACUUAAUAGUCAGUAUAAUUACUCUUCUAAUUCAUCUUAUAGUAAUAGUCCAUCAACGAGUCCAGUUCCAGAUAAAAAUGGACAACUUGGGAAUAGUUUUAUGUCUGAAAAGUCAGUGAAUUCAUCGGGAGCAUCAAUGGCCGGGUCGGUGUCCACUAUAUUACCCAGUGGGGGAGGAAGUGAAACCACGGUACCUUCAUUAGAAGAAUUAUUAGACGAUUGUUUCCAUGAUGCAAUUAAUCAACCAUUAAGCGCAAAUAGGAAACAAAUGGUUAAUAAUUUUGAAAAAUACAUGGCUACUUUACAUACCCAAGAGAAUUUAUCGUUUGUCAUUGAAAUAUUCAAGUAUGAAUAUUAUUAUGAUAAAAUUUUCCCUAAUCAUUUAGAAACUUUAAAGUUAACCAGUCCUUCCCCAUUGCAUUAUUCAAAUAGUUUUUUAAAUCGAUCCUUAGAUAAAUCUUUAGAUAAUUUACCUUAUCCAACUAAAAAAUUUAAAAAUAAAAAUAGAAGUCGAUAUCAUCAAAGGAAAAAAUCUUCAAACUCCAUAAAAUCAGAAGAUCAUGAACCAACUCUGGUAUUUGUGUCUACAAUCGAUGAUUUAGGUAAUGAAGAUGAGUUUGCUUCGAUUCGGGCAAUCAAUAAUCCAACCCCAAAUUCAAGUAUGAUGAAUCAAGCCUGGGAUUCUUUAAGAGAAUCAAAUUUAUCCGAUGAUGAUGACGAUGACCAAAAUAAAUCAAUAAUAUCAAUAUCAGAUGAUGAUAGUCAUUUAGACAGCUCGCCCGAAAAUCCAAAUAAUCCAACGAAAAAAUUAACUUUUGAAGAACGUCAAUUAUUAACUAAUCAAUGGGACCUAAUUUUAAAUAAUUAUAUUUAUCAUGAUUCUCCUGAACAAAUUAACAUCAGUCAAAAAUCUUCUAAAGAAAUCUUGGAUGAAGAUCAUAAAGAUGAUGAUGAUGAUAAUAAAAUUCACAAUCCAAUAAAAUUAAUGAGAGCUAAAAAUGAAAUCUUACAAAUUAUUAAAGAAAAUGCUUAUUUAAGUUUUAUUAAAAAAAAUCGUUCAUUAAAAUUAGACUCUUUACAAGAUUCUAAUUCAUUACCUAACUGUUGUCAAAAAUCAUCAAAAUCAAAUAUACAUGAUCAUCAUUUAUCUCCAGUGUCCCCUAAUUCUUUACAUAAUCAAUCAAUAUCUCCUCCAAACUUCAUCCCCAAGGCUUCUUCAUCUUCUUCUCCUAAAUUAUCAAAUUCUCCAAUCGAUUUAUCUUCAAACCUAAAGAAAAAAUCAAUCAAAUUCUCAAAUUCUCCUCAUGAUCAUAAUGAUAUAAUUUUUGGAGAUGAAGAUAAUGAUUUUUCUCGUUACUCUUCUUCUCCAAAAUUAAUUCCAAAUGAAAAACCUCCUCCUCCUGCGUCUUCUUCAACAUCUCCUCAAUUAUCUUCUUUUGAUAAAUCAGUAACCCAAUCUUCCUCAAUUUCAAAUUUAUUAGGUCAUCUUAAAAUUCAUACCGGUAAAUCUCCAAAUUCUUAUUCACCAAGUCAUUCUGCAGGUAGUACCCCUACUACUCAACCAAAUUUAUCUUUCCCAAGAUCAAAUAGUAACCCUCAAAAUAGAAAUAGAAGUGGUAGCUUGAUCAAUCAACAAUCAAACGCUUUCGAUAAUGUGGUAACUCCUGUUAGACCAGAAAGCUCAAUGGCAAACCUUUCCUCAGAAAAUUCCGGCACCAUUUUCAAAUUUGGUAAAAUUUGGAAAAGCAAAAAGAAACAACCUUCACAAGAAAACUAAUAUCUUCAUUUCAUAUCUGCUCAUCUGUUCAUUUAAUCUGUUCAUUCAAUCUGUUCAUAAAACAAUUUGUUUUUUCAAUAAUUCCUGUUCAUAAUCAUUUUCAUCUUUUCCUAAUCUCUUGUUAUCCCAAGAAGCAUUUUCACUGUAUAAUAGACUUUCCUCUUUUUUUCUUUUUCUUCUAGAGUAUUAUUAAUCCUUUAAUCCAUUAUAUUUAUUUCAUCUUUUUGAAUCUUUUUGAGUUGAUUGUAAUCUUUGUAAGUCAAUUGCUGCUAAUUAUAAUUGUAAAAUAGAAUAAAUUUAAUGUCUCGGUGUCCGGGUCUUUUGUUUUGAUGGCUGGAUUGUGUCGCAAAUACCCCAUAAAAAGGGAUAAUCAUCCCUUAUCAACGGUUAUAAAAUACAUAUUGCUACUUAUUUGGCUAUUAACCUUCUUGCUGUCUUGAAAUUGUCUAAACUUUUAUUUUCAGUGCUUCAA